GGGGGACGGGGACUGGAGGGGACAAGUUUCAACAUGUUGAAUUGGAAAAGGUGGUCCCUGAACACACUGCAGGGACAGCAGGCACUGGUUGGCCACUGGCCGUUUUACCUUUAGAAGUUAAACUUAUAAAUGUGAAAGUGAAAUUUAAGACUCCAAAGGACUCCCAAUAGUGUACAACUGCAGCCCGCAAUUCGGGGCGUUUCUGCAUGUGGGCAUUCCUGCACCGUUCCUUUAGGAAAGUACCUGGAAUGUAGUCAACUUCCUUUUCAUUUUUAAUCUGGUUGUUUGCCUCAACGGAGAGACAUACAGUCCAUCUGGAUCAUUUGCAGGCAAGCUUCAGGUUGUCUAUAAGACAUCUUGGAAAGUACAUUCUGGAACCGAAAGUAACAGCUGGAACAAACCUCAAGCUUGCCACGAGACCUUGCUAAUUAAAUAGGUGUACAGAGUAGAGGGUCUCUUUCCUACCAAACCUCCUGGGUGUCAUCAUGAGUGUGGUAACAUCCAGUCUAUCUGGUGAUCAGGAGAAGAAGCUGUUGUCUCUGUUCGGCCAUGUCAGACUCAGUCUGCUCUACAAAGCCAGUGUCCAAGGUUACACAGCUGCAGCCUUUCACGCACGCUGCGACAGCCAGGGACCCACUGUAGUCGCUGCCUACAACAAGGCUGGCUUCCUGUUCGGAGCCUACACAAGCAAAGACUACACUCAGAAUGGACAGCCUAUUAAUGACGACAAAGCCUUCCUCUACAGCAUCAAUGACGAAAGAAAAAAGGCACUGCGUGUGUCUAGUGCCAAUGGCCAGUAUGGUUUCACAAAUGGAAACACUGGCCCGAAUUUUGGUGCCUUGGUGUUUCUGUUCAAUAACACAGCUACAGUCCAAUAUAACGCAGGGAUCAGCUACAACUUUGAAGCAGCAGAUAUGCAUGGCGACGACCUGCAGUUGACUGAAUGUGAGGUGUACCGAGUGGAGGACGUGGGAGGUCGUUUGACGAAGCCUUGGAGAAACAUGCAGUGGACCGCUGAGAGGAAACGGCAGUUGAAGGAGAAAAUCCAGAACUAUAAGUCUGAUGUCAAGUCAGUGAGUCAGGUCCGGGUUCUCCUCGUGGGUCCUGUUGGGGCUGGCAAGUCCAGCUUCUUCAACUCUGUCAACUCUGUCUUCAGAGGAAACAUGACCAGUCAGGCCAUCUGUGGCAGCGCAGGCACCAGCCUGACCACCCAGUUCCGUACCUUCACCAUCAAGUCGGGGAAGAGUGGUGAGCCUAUACCCCUGAUCCUGUGUGACACCAUGGGAAUGGAGGAGGCAUCAGGAGCUGGCUUGGACAUGGAGGACAUAGUCAGCAUUUACAAAGGUCAUGUUCAGGACCGCUACCAGUUUAAUCCCAUGACACCCUUGAGUGAAGAUGUACCUGGGUAUCGUAAGCAUGUCAGUUUGAAGGAUCAGAUCCACUGUGUAGUGUACGUGGUGGACGCCUGCAGAGUCUCUCUGAUGUCUGCCAAAAUUGUGGAGAAGUUUGCCGCCAUUCGCAAGAAGACCAAUCAGAUAGGCAUUCCCCAACUGGUGUUACUGACCAAAGUGGAUGAGGCCUGCCCCCUAGUGUCAGAAGAGCUGCAGAAUGUUUAUUUGAGCCAUUACAUACAAAGGAAGAUCCAGGAGUUGAGUGCAUCCCUGGGUAUUCCUGUGUCCGGUAUUCUGCCAGUGAAGAACUACAGCCAGGAGCUGGAGCUGAAUCAGAACACUGAUAUCCUGCUACUCAGUACUCUGGAUCAGAUGUUGAAUUAUGCUGACAGCUUCUUUGAAAACCAGCUUGAAAAGGAGCAGGAAGAACUCUAACCCUCUUCACAGUCCCACUAUCAAGUAUCAAUACUCUGAAGACAAAAAUAGUUUUUUGCAUACCCAUAUUAUUUUGUUAACUGUGUAAGAUAUCCAUAUUAUUUUGGUACAUGUUAUCAUGCAAGUGGACAUUAUCAUUAUUUUAUGUGGAUAUUAUAACACAUUGCUCUUUCUGACUCCUAUCUUUACUUAGACUACUUAUUUUUGUACCUUUUCACGUGACAUGACAAACACUGGCCCUAAUGUUCCUUUAACAUCUUAAUUCAAUUUGUGAUAGAGCUUUGAUGUGACAGUGCAAAGCAAAUUCAAGGUCUAAUUUCCCUUCUUUCAAUCAGUAGUAACAUACCUAAACAAUGAAUACAUGUACCAAUGCAAACGGACUGUUCCCCAAUUGAGUUAAGGUUUAAAGGAAAAGGUGGGGCCUAGUGAAUAAUCUUCUGACAAAGCAACUCUACCUGUGGAAUGUUCGAAGUGUGGGAAAAUCAUCUAUUUACUGUCUCUAUAAGCAAAUGUCUAUUGUAUGCAAGUGCCCCA